AUGUCCGAUUUCGAUGCUCUCCUUGCCGACUAUACUGAGAAAGGAAACGCAAAGGUACAUGGAGUUAUAUGUAAAUGCGUGGACAGAAAUGGAAAUGAAUUGUACAGCAAAAUUGCGGGCUAUGACUCACUCUCGCCCGACGCCCCACCUCUCCGCGAAGAUGCUGUUCUCAAACUCGGGAGCGCCACGAAGCUCAUUACCAGUAUUGCAUUGCUACAAUGUGUGGAUGAGGGACUCAUACGUCUUGACGAACCACUCACCAAAAUACUUCCAGAGUUCGACGGCAAGGAAAUCUUGACAGAAGUAUCUGGGUCAGACUUCACUUUUGAGCGGAGCAAAAACGCAAUCACCGCCCGACACCUUCUUACCCAUACUUCGGGAUUAGGCUAUCGAUUUACACACCGGCUACUGAGACUUAGGGCAGAAUCUCGAAACCAGGAAAAACCUUCUUACCAAGUCACGGAAAGAUACAUGAUGCCGCUGGUCUUUGAGCCGGGCACUGGUUGGUUGUACGGAUGCAGCCUGGAUUGGGCAGGUGUCGCUGUCAGCCGCCUGCAUCAUGGAAUGUCAUUGGAAGACUACAUGGUUGAGAAUAUAUGGAAGAAGCUGGGGCUUUCUAGUCCGUUUCCCAGGUUCAACAUCUCAAGGCAUCCCGAGUACAAUGCAAGGGUGAUGCAGGGCGCUAUACGAACAAACGAUGGACGACUAGAGCCUUGCGACCGUUGGGCGUUUGACAACCCCGAGGAUCAGGAAGGUGGCAGUGGCUUGUCUUCAACGGCGAAAGACUACGUUGCCGUACUUGCAGACUUGAUCUCGGAUUCGCCAAAACUCUUGAAGCCGGCGACCAUCUCUGAGAUGUUUACUCCACAGCUUGUUCCAAAAUCACCAAGCAUUCAAAUGCUCUUGGGAUUGCGGGCUGCAUGGGAUACCGUUGCUGGACCUGUUUCGGAGGAUGAUAUAAACCACGGGUUGGGCGGUCUGCUGUGCGUAGGUCCAGUGCCCGAGAUAAGCCAACCAGGAAACAUGCUUGCAUGGGGUGGAGCUUCAAAUAUCGUGUGGUGGGUUAACAGGGAGUUGGGAGUUGCAGGUUUCUUUGCAACUCAGCAAUCUCCUUUCGGAAACCCUACGGUUACGAAGCUUGUAAACGCUUGGAAGAAAGACUUCUGGUCUCAAUUCAAUAGAAUUGACCACACCUAG